AUGGAAGUACAUUUCCAUUCUAAAGACAUGGUUGAUAAAAAUUUCCCAAAUACAAACAGAGCACCUUUAUCAAUGAUUGGUACUUUUGCAAUAGUUCUCAUUUUCACUAUGCUUAAAGAGGCAUUUGAAGAUAUCUAAAGACACAAAUAGGAUAGAGAUCUGAAUAACAAGGAGUCUCUUGUUUUUGAUCUUAUGUAACUGAAAUUCGUUAAGAGAAAAUGGCAUGAAAUUAAAUCAGGGGAGUUAAUUAAAGUUUUGAAAGAUGAAGAAUUUCCAGCCGAUAUGGUAUUUUUAAAAUCUGAUAAACAGACAGGAAUAGCAUUUACUAAUUUGAAAGAAAAAGUUGCACCUAAAGAUGUUUUAAAGCUAGAAAUAGCUCAUCUUCUACAAAUGUCAGGAAUCUUAACUUGUGAUUCCCCUAAUGAAUACUUAGAUCGAUGGGAUGGAAAUAUUACAACUUAGUUGUAAGGAAAGUAGCUUGUAUUUAACACAAGCUUAAAGACAUUACUUCUAAGAGGAUGCACCCUAAGAAAUACUGAAUUCGCUAUUGGUAUCGCUGUUUACACAGGUCCGGAAAGCAAAAUAAUGAUGAAUGCUAAAAAGCCACCUACUAAAAUUAGUAAUGUUUAAAGAAAGAUGAAUUAAAUGUUGUACUCUGUCUUUGCAUUCCAGCUUAUCCUUAUUUUGAUAUACGCUAUUCUCUCAGUAUUCUGGAUUAAAAAUAAGGCACCAACUCAUUAUUACUUAAGUUUAGGAAAAGAUCCAGGUUUUGGAGAUUUCAUUAUAUAGUAUCUGACCUAUUGGAUUUAUGACAAGGAUACUGGAUUUUCCCUUUGUAGAAAUUCUGAUUUGAUUGAAGAGAUGGGAUAGGUUGAAUUCAUUUUUUCAGAUAAAACAGGAACUUUGACUUGUAAUAUUAUGGAGUUCAAACAAUGCUCUAUCAAUGGAAAAAUUUAUAAAAGCCUAGAUGAAGCAAAACGUUUAUUUCAAAAUUCUAAUCAAAGCAAUAAAGAUCUCUAGGAUAUUCAAGCCUGUCAUGAAUUCUUCAGAUUUAUGGCUGUUUGUCAUACAGUUGUUUUAGAUCAAGAUAAAAAAACUGGCUAAUAAAAAAUGUAGGCAUCAUCUCCUGAUGAAUUAGCACUAGUUUAAGGGUCUGUUGAUGUUGGCUUUAAGUUUGUAGAGAGAACUCCAUAAUUCAUUAAAAUUGAAAUUGAAUAUCUGAAAAAUAGAGCAGAAAAAUACAAUAUAGUAACUGAAUUCCCAUUCGACUCAACAAGAAAAAGAAUGAGUUUAAUUGUUAAGGAAGAAAAAUCUGGAAAGCUAUAUUUAAUGACAAAAGGUGCAGAUUCAAUUAUGCUUCCUAGAACAAAUUUAUAAGUUAAGUAAAAGAAAGUAAUCGAAGAUCAUUUAUAUAAAUUUGCUUGCAGUGGUUUAAGAACUCUGGUAAUGGCUUAAAAAGAUCUGAAUGAGCAAGAUUAUAAAGCAUGGAAUAAAAAAUACCAACAAACAAUGGUUUCAAAUGACCCUAAAAAAGAUGAUAUGCUUAAUUAGCUCUAUGAUGAAAUGGAAACAGAUUUAAAAUAUAUAGGAUCUUCUGCUAUUGAAGACCUUUUACAAGAUUAAGUCCCAGAAACAAUCUAAAAUUUGAUGAAUGCUGGAAUCAAAGUAUGGGUUCUAACUGGUGACAAGCAAGAAACAGCUAUUGAAAUAGGCAAAAGUUGUAAUCUUAUAAAUCAAUCCACAAUGGAGUUAAUUAUUCUGAGUUCAAAGGAUAGAGAGGAGUUUAUGAAGAAAUUAACUGAUGCUGAAACUUAGAAAUCAAAAUUCGAAAAAAAAUCAAUUGUGAUAGAUGGCUAAACUUUGGCUAUUGUUCUAGAAGACAAUUCAACUUCUCAGAGAUUCUUUAAAUUUGGAUGUACAGCUAAUUCUGUGAUUUGCUGUCGUGUUUCUCCUAAACAAAAAUCAGAUGUAGUUGCACUCGCAAAACGAAAUGGUACUUGGAUUACUUUAUCAGUUGGAGAUGGUGCUAAUGAUGUUCCAAUGAUAAUGGAAGCUCACAUUGGAGUAGGUAUAAGAGGUAAGGAGGGGACUUAAGCUGUAAGAAGUGCCGAUUACGCAAUAGGCUAAUUCAGAUUUCUUCAAAAGCUAAUUAUGGCACACGGAAGAUGGGGAUAUCGAAGAGUUGCUAUCUUUAUCUGCUACUACUUCUACAAAAAUGUAAUUCUUGUCUUUUGUGAAAUAUACUUUGCAUUUUUCAAUGGGUAUUCAGGCCAGAUUUAUUUUGCAGAUUGGCUUCCGAUGCUAUACAAUGUGUUCUGGACUUCUUGGCCUUGCAUAUUUACAUUUAUUUUUGACAGAGACAUUGAUGGCGAUGCUUCUAUUAGAUCACCUGAUUUAUACUCAGCAGGACCUUAGCAUAUUUAUUUUAAUUUCAAAGUAUUUUGGAAAUGGAUGGGUUUGGCUCUAUUUCAUGGCUGGGUUUGCUAUUUCAUCCCAUAAUUAGGAUACAAAGGAAUAAUUAAUGAAAAAGGAAUCGAAGAUAGUCAUUGGUUUGUAUCUACCAUUUCCUUUACACUUUUGAUUGUACCAGUGAUAGCACUACUACCAGAUUUGACAAUGAUGUUUGUAUUCAGAGUAUUUUACAAAUCUCCAGCUGAUGUUGGUAUGCUGAAACUGAAAGACAAAGGAUAAACUAGAAGAAAUUACUAUAAAAAUGAAAAAGCAAAGUUAGGGCCAGAUAGUGAAUUUAAUAAUUCAAGUAAUGAUAUAGAAAAAGUACCUCUCAAAAAAGACCUAAAUGAAACUUCAGUCUAGAAAAUUUCUCAUUCCAAAGCUAAAAGUCACUCCCUUAAGAUAACUGCUCCGAAUGAUAAGAACUCCACUGAUUCAAGUCCUUAAAAGAAAUCAUCUGGAAAAAAAGAUGGUGAUGAGAAUAAGGACUUUUUUAAAAAGCAACUAGAAAAGAUGAAAUAAUUAAAGACAUUCGCUUAACCAACUCCUAGUCAGAAUGUGCUAUCACUUUAAACAGGUUCGAAUAUGAUAACUCAAGUAACACCAAGUCCAACUAACGAAUUUGAAAUAGGUCCUGGAGAACCUAAAAAGAAGAAGUUUAAAUCUCAUAGGCCUGGAUAAAAAGAUACAAAAGGUAGAUAAAUAGAUACUGACAGUGACAUUUACAACGUCUAUGACUUUAGACCCAAUAAUGGAGGAAAUGACACUACUAAUAUUUCAAGUGGAAGCAUUUCCCAUAAUGUUGGAGUUCAUUUACAGAAUAGACUAUUAAAUAAGUAAAAGCUUCAGACACAGAAAAAGAAUACUGAUGAAUUUGACAUUGAUGCUAUAGCCAAAGAACUCAAUCUUAGGUGA